CGGACGUUCAGCGCUGUGGGAGUAGCCAGAGGAGGACAACGUGUUUGUGGAAGAGUGUCCUGUUUGUGAGACACAGUGUGUGUUACAUGCAGAUGGCAGCAUCUUGUCGUCUGCCUCCUUUACCAACCAUCCGUGAGAUCAUCAGACUGUAUAACCUGAGGGCUCAGAAACAGCUGUCACAGAACUUCCUCUUGGACCUGAGACUCACAGAUAAAAUCAUCCGGCAGGCUGGGAACCUGAGGAAUGCGUGUGUGUGUGAGGUGGGACCGGGACCUGGAGGACUCACCAGAUCCAUCCUCAACGCUGGUGCAGCUGAUCUACUGGUUGUGGAGAAAGACUCGCGCUUCAUCCCAGGAUUACAGCUCAUAUCCGAGGCGGCUCCGGGACGAGUCCGAAUCGUCCACGGCGAUGUUCUUACGUACGGGAUGGACACGGCGUUCCCGCCACACAUCACAAAGGAAUGGGAAGACGAGCCUCCUGACCUUCACAUCAUCGGGAACCUCCCCUUCAGCGUCUCCACCCCGCUCAUCAUUAAAUGGUUGGAGGAGAUGUCCAACAGGACCGGACCGUUCGCGUUCGGACGCACCAGACUCACGCUGACCUUCCAGAAAGAGGUGGCGGAGAGAUUAACGGCGAGCGCCGGCAGCAGACAGCGGAGUCGUCUGUCCAUCAUGGCGCAGUAUCUGAGCACCGUGAACACCUGCUUCACCAUCCCGGGCCGAGCGUUCGUCCCCAAACCUGACGUGGACGUGGGGGUGGUUCACUUCACUCCUCUGGUUAAGCCACGCAUCCAGCAGCCCUUUAAGCUGGUGGAGAAAGUGGUCAGGAACGUCUUUCAGUUCCGCAGGAAGCACUGCCACAAAGGACUCGAGAUGCUGUUUCCCGAGGCUCAGAGACUCAGGAUGACGGAGGAGCUCCUGCGGCGUGCCGACGUGGACCCAACUCUCCGUCCCGCCGACAUCUCCGUCGGUCAGUUCAGAGCUUUAACGGACGCCUACGGCAAGCUGUGCAGAGAAAACACCGACCUGUUCAGCUACGAGUUCAGAGAAGAGCUGCGGCAGAAGCGUCACAGACACAGACAGAUGAAAUCGGAGCGACGCUGACGGCCGACAGUGACACUCCGCAGCACACAGGGACGAAAUUUUAUACCAUUUUUUUUCUAUUCCAGCUGUUGAGUUGUAGAAGAAACAAAGACUUGGAGGUGAGAGUUUGGUGCAGUUUUAUUUUCUGCAGUAUUUAUCUUUAUUUAUUGCUGAUAAACAAAAAGUCUGCAGUUCACGUCUUUAAAAAGGGAAAAAAACCUCCAAAUGAAAGCGAAUCCUCACACGAGGCCCUUCGACGCAUCCGGACCUGAAAACCUUCUCAUUGUUGUCGUUAUUCAGGCCGUUUCUCCUGCUCAGUUCAGAAGAGUUUACAUUUGACUCGAAUUGCUGUCAUACAGCAAAGCAACAGCGGCACAAAGAGCUCCGUCGAGCUUUACAGAGAGAAAUGUUUCUCUAGCAACGACUUUAGAGACGUCUGAGGUUACAGCGCAGCAUGAAUAGUUAGUAAAUAAAUAAAUAAAUAAAUAAAACGUCUGACAGCAGAUUUUCACUGUUAGAGCAGAAUAAUGCCUGUGAAGGUCAGAUAGCAUGUGGAAAUCUCCUGGAAAAAAAAAAAAAAAAUUCAGUCUGUUGCCAGAGCAACGUUUUCCUCCAAGAAACUGAGCCGCUUCACUUUCAUAUCAAAAACUCCAACGUGCUGCUCAGUAACACUGAACGUUUCCGCCAUCGGACGUCGUGUUACAGGUAAAAGAUGUCACUCGUGUGUUUCAUUAACAUCUGUAAAACCUGUGUAAAAAGUAAAUAUAUAUAUAGAACAUUAAUAUUGGUCUGUUUCUCUUUAUGAACGCCGGAGGUUAUCGUUGUGCAUCAGGAGUCGCAUCAAAAUUGUAAAUGACAGUAGUUUUUUUUUCCCAGCUGUUUAACUCGCUGACUAAUUUAAUGGCGAACUGAAAAUCAGGACAUUAACGAGUAGAUAAAGCUGCAUUAAAUGCGCUCUUGCUGAUUCAGCCACUAAUUCUGCCUGAGGGAUUUUACCCCAGCGUUCAGCGCGACUCCAUCAGGCUCGGACACGCUCCCGUUCGUCUCGCUCUCCGUGACCGAGGUCGUCCAUCUUGUUUAUUUCAUUACGGCCACACGGUCGAAUACCAAAAGACGUUUUUAUUCACGGUUCAUUUACAAACCUCUGCAGCACCACCAUACAUCACCGACGUCACUUUAUUACACAACACUCGUGACUCAUCGUUAAAACGCCACGCUGAUAAACCGCAGUACAAAUUAAAUUUACACUUAUUCAGAAAAAUACUGUACACAUUUGGCAUUUAAAAAAAAAGCUGUUUUUACUGUUACUGACCCCAGAACAGUCACAAACCUCAUGCAAAAUAAAAACACCAAGUUUUAACUUUCUAUUCAAAAGGAACAAUGUUUUCAAUAAAUAAUAAAAAGCUUAAAAACUGUAAAGAUCAUAGUAUGUAAAAAUAAAAGGACAAAUAAAAAGGCACAAAAGAAGCCGAUGCAACAUCUGGAUGGUUCCUGCAGGGCGGCGCAGGUUUGGGGAGACGAGACGCUGUGCAACAUGGAGUUAAUGAUUGUUGUUGUUUCCUUGUGUUUGUGAAAAAAGGAAAACAAACCCAUGCUUUGGCUCUACAGAGAACCCCAUGAGGACGUGGAAGCUCUCCUUACCUGUCACUUAUUUAUUCAGAAGUGACAGUGGGGGCGUGGCUUUGGAUGUCUGGGCGUGGCCUGAAGGUUAAAGCGAAUUCCUCUUCCAGACGUUAAACAGUGUACAGACUGGUGGCUAUGACGGCGUAGCCGUGGUGCUGUUCUUGUUGGCGUUUUCGUAGAAACAGUCCUCGUUGAUGACGGAGGUGAGGCUGUGGACGCUGAAGUCUCGCUCUAGCAGCGUAUUCAGGUCGACGUUGACCCCCGUGCAGUCUGACUGGCUGUCCAGAGAGUGGCUGUGCUGCCUCAGACUCAGCAGCGCCGCCUGGCUGCGUCUCGGUUCGCUUCUCGCCGACCGCCGCCUCACGGCGCUGAAGUGAGCCCGUCUGAGCUGAAGCUGAGGAGAGUUCACCUCACGACCUUCGGGUUCCUCACGGGCCUCGUCGCUCAGGUGCAGCUCGUGGAACCGAGUCUCGAUCGACCCGGGGGUGGAGUCACGGCGAGCCAAGCGCUCACUGAAGCCGUCGUCAUCGCUGAGAAUGUCCGACUCCCUCAUGCUCCCGCGUCUGAGGUUGGAGGGAGGGGGCGGAGCCUCUGAUGAAGGGGCAUUGGGCGGGUCUCCGCUGCUCUCACUCGCCGAAUCAGAGUCUAACUGCACAGGCUUCAGUGUGUCACUUUUGGCGAGAGAGUCAAUGCUGGUGGGCUUCUGGCACAACCAGGAUGCUCGAGAGGAACCUGAAACACACGUGAGAGAACCUCAGACAGGUCAAUGGAUGACUGUGUAAGAGUGUGUAAGCUACACCUUCCUCUUAGGGAUUCUGUCUGUUAAACAUGACUGUGUGUGUGUGUGUGAGUGCUGGGACUGACCGAGUUUAGCUGAUGAAGGUAAACUUCCCCUCAGAGGAGCCAGAUGUUCUCUGCAGGUUCUCUCAGCUGGUUGCUCGGUUCCUCGUGUCCCCCUGCGUGCGUUUUCCCGCAGAACAACGCGGAUCACCUUGACCGUGUUCACUUUGCUCUCAGGUGUGCUGUAGGAGAUGUUAGCAUACAGUUAGCAUCUCAGUACAUCGCUCAGAGCUUCUGUUUUGAGCCAAAUGAUGGUGUCGCUCACCUGCUGCACAGCUGGAACACCGUCUCGGGUCGACCCUCCAGCUCAGAUUUAGUGUGGAUCAGCUCCCAGACGCAGUUCAUUUCUGUGUGCAAAAUAACAUGACUGACUCGUUUAACUCGCUCGUCUUUUAUCAGUAAAACAUUACUGUGUGUGUGUCACUUAUUCCACCGAACACACAGUAAUGCUGAAUAUCUGAUGGCUUCCUGUUCAUUGUGUUUGUCCCAGUGUAAAGUUCCUGCCAUGGAGAUGCUGCAACUCUAAUAAAUCUCUCGUUCAGCUUUUUAUUCAUUUAUUUAAAAUUGUUACAGAAUUUAAGAAAAUGUGAAACGUGUGCAAUAAAUAACGCCUCCUGUUUGUGUAGAGCAUAAGGAAUAAAACCCUUUAUGUUAUCA